AUGAAGACCUUCAUUUUAAGUAUCUUUCUUUUUAGACUUGCUGCUGCUUUGAGUUUGACUACUACUGUUGUCGGCAUAACAUCCACAGUCACUUCAUAUUAUUGUCCAACUUGUGUCACAUCCACUAUCUCACAAAGCUCCAGUAGCAUUCCAUUAGUGUCAAGUUCUUCUGUCACAUCAAGUGAAUCCAUUGUCUCUACAGAAACUAUCGAAAUAAUGUCGACAACAACUGAAACAGUGUGUACUCGUUGUACAGAGACAUCUUCAUCUUCCAGUAUCGUCUCAUCCAGUAUUUCCUCAUCGUCCAGUAUUGUUUCAUCGUCCAGUAUUGCCCCAUCGUCCAGUAUUGUUUCAUCAUCCAGUAUUGCCCCAUCUUCCAGUACUGUCUCAUCAGGUAGCACUUUAUCAACCACUAGAUCAUCAAGUGUCAUUUCUACAUCUUCUAGUGAAGUUGAUUCUUCAUCCAGCAUAUCUACUUCUUCUUCUUCUUCCAGUGAAGCAACUUCCACUCUCGUUUCCUCUUCAAGUAGCAGUAUCUCUACUGCUGCCUCGUCGUCAAGCAUAACUUCUUCCCUGAUUUUUUCUUCUGUGGCUUCUUCCUCUGUGUCUUCUUCCUCGAGUACAAGCCUGACCUCCUCCAUACUUUCCUCCACCCCAAUUACUUCUGCCGUAUCCACCAGCCAUAUGUCAUCCUUUGCUAAUUCCACCUCUGCUACAACAACGCCAUCAGAAUCAAUUGACACUAUCACCACGACCAUCAGCAAAAUUACCAGCAUAUAUACAACAACAUGCCCAUUCAAUGACUCUUCAUCAGCUACUAUCGAAAUUUGUACUAACGAUAUAUGCUCUGGUAUGAAAAAUGUGACACCCAGUGGAAAAGUUUCAGAAUCAACUACAUCUACCACCGUGUCUGCUACCUCUGAUGUUGUUCCAACAACUAGCUCCAACCAUAUCAGCAUCGAAACUAUGACAACUAAAAGCUCUUCCAUUUCUGCUCGCAGCGCUUCAUCGCUUUCCUCUUCAAAUAUACACGUUUCCAGUGCUUCCGCUACCACCACCUCCAUACCUUCUUCCAUUUCUACAAGUUCUUCCUCUACCAAACCAAAUACAUCAACAGCAACUGUCAUAUAUUCUAUACCAGUCACAACUACAAGAUCAACUGGCUCACUACGCGUGCAAACCUCUAGCUCUACUACAAGUACAGAGCAUGUAAGUAUCUACGAAGGAAGUGCCGCUAAAAAAUCACCAUUCGACACUUUAUUAAUGGGACUAAUGAUUAUUCUAUCAAACUAA